AUGCGAUAUCAUUUGCCAACAUUGGAUAAGAAACUUGCAAAACUAUUUGCAUGGUACACAAGUAAUUAUCUUGUUGAUUACUAUCCUAUAUUUAUUGCUUUUCCAAUUUUACUUACGACUAUUCUUGGAAUUAGUUUUAUUUGGAUUAAUGAACUUACUUUACUUGAUGCUCGAAAAUUGUAUACGCCAACAUCAGCACCAGCAUGGAAAGAGGAGAAAAUUAUGCGAGAAUUAUGGCCUAUACGUUUUAAUGAAUUUUUGCCUGAAAGAACAUUUGAAUGGAAUCGUUUUUUGUAUGUAGUUAUACAUGGGCGCAAAUAUCCCAAUGGUACAUUUCCAAAUAUUCUCAAUGAUUCAUAUUUGAAUGAAAUUGAAUUAUUGGAAAAAAGUAUAGCAGAGAAUGUAUCAUGUGUAAUGAAAGAUGAAUGGCUCACUAAUGUUACAGCAAAUUUUGGUAGUAAAUUUUAUUUUCAGAAUUUAUGUUUGAAUUGGUAUGGAGAAUGUUAUCGUCAAACAAAUUUGAUCAAAUUACUUCAAAAUCGUUAUGAAUUAGAAAAACAUGGAAUUACUAUUACUUAUCCUCGUGCUAAUACCAAUGGAACACCGCUCUAUCUAGCAUAUAAUAUUGGUGGUGUACAGGUUGACGAAAAUGAUACAGUUAAGUCAGUGAAAGGUAUGCGAUUGUGGUAUUUUUUACGUUUUGAUCAGCCACAAAUUGAUGAAAUGGCUAUUGCUUGGGAGGAUGCUGCAGCCAAAUUUAUCACAGACAAUUUUGCCAAUAAUAAUUCAUUAAUUGAGAUUCACAUUCAGCAUUCACGGACAAUUGAUUUAGGCUUAACACGUAAUGCAAAUCGAUUAAAGCCUUAUUUUAUAGUUACAAUUGUUGUUUUGAUUCUUGUUAGCACUCUUAAUUCAAUGGAAUGGAAAUUUUGCAAUGAGAAUGGAAAAAUUUUUGUUCAAAUUGAUUGGCUUCGAUCAAAGCCAAUGCUUGCUAUUUGUGGUGUGUUAUCAUCAACAUUAGCAAUUAUAAGCGGUAUUGGCUUGCUAUUAUGGUUUGGAAUGUUUUUCGCUGAAAUAACUCUUAUAGCUCCAUUUCUUGUGCUUUCUAUUGGAGUAGAUGAUAUGUUCAUUACAGUGGGAGCAUGGCAUGAUGCUGAAAAAAUUUAUCCUGGAAAUGAUUAUGCUAGCCUGAAAGCUCGUAUGAUAAAUACAUUAUCAGAAUCAGCAGUUGCUAUAUUUAUUACCAGUUUUACGGAUGUUUUAUCAUUUGCAAUUGGUUGUUUUACGGAUAUUAUUGCUGUACGUGGAUUUUGCGCAAUGACUUCAGCAUGCAUGUUUUUCACAUUUUUUUAUCAGAUUACUUUCUUUGCUGCAAUGUUGGUUAUUAGUGAUAAAAUACAAAUGAUUGAGCGGAAUAAUUGUAUUCCAUGUUUGAAAAUUGCUGAUCAUAUUGAUAAUUCAAUGAAAGUUUGGAAUUUCACUGAAAAAAAUGCAAUUGGAAAUGAAAAUAAUAAAAAGUUAGAAAAUACAAAAUGUUAUGAUAAAGAGAUAAUCACAAGUGAUAAUCAUAAAUCAUAUCGUAGUGGUAAUGCUUACACGGAAAUAUUACCGGCGAAGACGAAAGGAUCAAAAAAAUUAUCGUCUAAAGCUAUGAGCGGAAUGAGAUUAUUUUUUCGGAAUAUAUAUGUCCCAAUUUUGUUAGACAAACGAACUAAAUGUAUCGUUCUGCUGCUAUUUAUCAUUUAUUUUAUCCUAGCAAUACAUGGUAUUAUGGGCAUGAAGCAAGGUUUAGAUUAUGAUAAAUUAUUAAUUGAAACGGAUCCGAUAGUUCGAACAAUAGCUGUUGAGCUUGAAUUAUUUCAUGGUGGUGAUCAGAUUAAUAUAGCUAUCGUAAAAGCGCCCGAUAUGACAAAACCAAUGAAUCGUAAACGUGUAGAUCAAAUGGUUCAUGAAUUUGAGCAUAUGAUUUUUGGAAUUGGACCUAAGGCGACACAACUUUGGACUCGAGAAUAUCAGAAAUAUGCUAAUAUAACAGGUGCAUACCUGUACAAUGAUCAUCAAUCCUGGGUGCAAGGAGUUUAUCAGUGGUCACAACUUUUUGCAUUUUAUAAAUUAUGGGCACAAGAUUUUGUUUGGGAAAAUGAGAAUGAUCCGCAAAAUUUAAGGAUGAAAUCAUUCCGGUUUCGUAUUGGUUUAUCAGCACUUAAUAAUCCAAGCGAUUUGAUAAUAGAAUCUCGUACUCUUCGAGAAAUUGCUUCAAAAUAUUCGGACAUGGAAAUUUAUACGUAUGAAUAUAGUCGGAUGAUUGCUGAUCAAUUAAAUAUUAUUUUACCAAAUACAUUAUUAAAUGAUAGCAUUGCAAUUAUUGUAUUAGUUAUUAUUUCACUACUAUUUAUUCCUAAUCCAAUAUGCACAUUUUGGAUUUUUAUUGCUAUCAUAACAAUUGAUAUUGGUGUAAUUGGUUUCUUAUCAUUAUGGAAUGUUAAGUUAGAUCCGAUAUCAAUGAUAACUCUGAUAAUGGCAAUUGGCUUUUCCAUUGAAUAUUGCGCUCAUAUCACAUAUGCUUUUGUGAGUAAUCCAAACAAAGUGACACCAUUUGAACGUUGCAUUGAAGCAAUGGAAAAGUUAGCUUUCCCAAUUAUAUACGGCAGCAUGUCAACAAUAUUUGGUGUUACAAUUCUAGCAUUCAUCAAUUCCUAUAUGAUACUUGUAUUUUUUAAAACAAUUUUUCUAGUAAUUAUUAUUGGUGUCUUUCAUGCUCUUAUUUUAUUACCUAUUAUUUUAUCAAUAACUGCACCAAUAAUUGAUCAAAUUACUCAAAAAUUUUGUGGUUUAGUUGAAAAUUUGAAUGAAAAAGACACUCAUACUUCUAUUCCUGAAAUUGUCAAUAAUAUUCAUUAA